AUAAACAUGUCAUAAACCAGAUAUAAAAAACUCAAACCUCUAUACCUAACCCUUUAUAAUUGCUUAUAAUUCUCUUUCUUCAAGAUCCAAUAUUUUCUCCUUUUCUCUCCACCCUUUUGGCCAAUUCUCAGAAAUAAACCAAAACAAGAACCAUAUAAAUCUUACAAGCAUUAACUUGAUGGAGGGUCUUCUACCUCUGGUUUUCAGAGCAAUCAAGAAACGCAAGACUCGCAGGCAAUACCAGUGUUUGUCUUCUGGGGCUGCUCUAAGCCACAACAUGAACGUGCGCGACUAUUAUUACGUGCAAGAACCUUCAACUUCAACGCAAAAAGUGGUUCAUGAUCAUGCAGAAAAUAACGUUGGUUAUAUGCGACAUGAUUCUUGUAGGGAAUUCUCUGACGACUUUUCUUCCCAACAAAGAACCUUUGCUGCUGUCUCACCCGAUUCGAAGCAACUCGUCCGGUUUAGAAGUCUGAGAAUGUUUCCAUGCCUUGCUGGUUAGUUUAUGAGGUCAAUCUUUUGUGUGGCUGCUGUGAUAUCCAAAUCGUGUGUUUGAUUGCAACUGUAAAGACAUUGGCGUGGCAAUAAUCCGACAAAUAUCUGUGCAUUGUAGGUUAAAUGUGCUGAUUAGGUAUUAAUAAUGAAAAAAUCGCAUGAUGUUCUGGGUGUUAA